CAUCAAUACUGAUGUGACUUUUAUUAGGAACAUGGAACGGUACAACACGGGUGGCAAUAAAGACUCUGAAGCCUGGCACUAUGUCCCCUGAAGCAUUCCUCCAAGAAGCUCAGGUCAUGAAGAAACUGAGACAUGAAAAGCUGGUUCAACUCUAUGCUGUGGUAUCCGAGGAACCGAUCUACAUUGUCACAGAGUACAUGGGACAAGGUAGCUUACUGGAUUUCCUGAAAGGUGACAUGGGCAAGAUUCUUCGACUCCCCCAACUGGUAGACAUGGCCUCACAGAUUGCUUCAGGGAUGGCUUAUGUUGAGAGGAUGAACUAUGUGCACAGAGACCUCAGAGCUGCUAACAUACUGGUGGGAGAUAACCUGGUUUGCAAAGUGGCAGAUUUUGGUCUGGCUCGCCUCAUUGAGGAUAAUGAAUAUACUGCCAGGCAAGGAGCCAAGUUUCCCAUCAAGUGGACGGCUCCUGAGGCUGCUCUGUAUGGCCGCUUCACUAUUAAAUCUGAUGUCUGGUCGUUUGGUGUCCUGCUGACUGAACUGGCCACCAAAGGCAGAGUGCCCUAUCCAGGUAUGGUGAACCGGGAGGUGUUAGAUCAGGUGGAACGUGGCUACAGGAUGCCGUGCCCAGCAGAGUGCCCUGAAUCCAUGCAUGACUUGAUGCUGACCUGCUGGAGGAAAGAGCCAGAGGAGAGGCCCACCUUCGAGUACCUGCAGGGCUUCCUGGAGGAUUACUUCACGUCCACAGAGCCUCAGUACCAGCCAGGAGAGAACCUGUAACUUGGCUGAAUGUGGAAAAGUGCAUGCGUCCUGCAUGUGCAAAACUGAGCAUGUGCAUCUACUUCAGAGUGCAUGGACAAGUAAAAUAUGUUUGAGGGUAUGUAUGUACAGUAUAACUGGGCAGAAAGCCAACUCCAUUCUGGGUACAAUCAAUAACUCUGGUCGGUGGGACAUCAAACCAAUCAGCUACAGUUCAGUUCUUGCCUCCUUUCCAAAGUCAUCGUCAUGCUCUCCAAUAUGUCUGCUCUGAGGAACUAAAGACUAAACUGUGGUUUACUUUGGUUGUCAGUCAACACCCUACACAGCCAAGCAGGUUUAUCUACCUACCUUGAGUUUGUAAGGUCCCCUCUUCCUGUGUUAUUUUUCCUGACUGACCUUGUAGUUUGCCAGUAACACCACACUAUGAUAUAAAGGACUGCAUCUGAGUCCAGAGAAUGAAUUGGAUCCAAGUAUUGUCCUGCUGAAAGCACCAUUUCAGGAUGUCUAUUUUUACUACAUUUUGUUUGGGAUACACACAUGUUGUCUUCCAUUUUGAGAAGCAACUAUAUAGGACGUACAAUAAUUUGUCAGGAUAUUGUGGGUCUAAAACUGUUUUAUUUUGUUAUUGGACCUGGAUCAACUGGAAUAUUUUCAAGUGAACAAUUUUAUUAUCUAACCACGCUUCUCCCUGUGCAACAUUGAGACUAGUUUGCCAACUGCUGUGAGAUUUUGUAUGAGACCUUGAUUACCAUGAGUGUCUAGUCUAGUCUCACUCACCAAUUGGACAAAUUAGUUUAUUGCUGUGAUCAACAUACAGCUCAACACAAAGAAGAGAAGAUGCGGAGUCUGUCUCUCUAUUUUCUAAUUGUGACUUUUCUUACAAACAAAUGGCUACUGAUCACCAAUGGUCAUCUCAGGAUGGAGAAGACUAGAAUUCUGCUGCAAGAAUUUUUGUGCCAAUGAAAAUCUCUUUUGUACAUUACUGUGUAAAAGUGUAUUUUCCUACUCUGAAUUUUUCAUACAAUGAAGUUUGAGUUGUGUAAGCAGAGGUACUGCUGCAGUUCUGAAAGGAUAAUCCACUGUUUUGAGAUCCUGUACCUGUGUACAGUACCAGACAGCUUUCGCCAGCAUGGUUUUAUGAUGCUGUUUUGUUUUCAAGCAUUUAAAUCAGGUGAAUCUUCUUUCAUGUCUACUUUCAGUCCUGUCCUUUUACUAAUAGGAAGACUUCUAUUAUUAAUCAGUAUUUCCCUAAUUACUGCAUCUUUAAGCACAAUCGUACACUGGAGAUAUUGUGUUUGUGUUCUCAGUGAAGAUAAUAAAUGAGCAACAGAGUGAUAACAGUGCUGAGUAUGGUUAUGCCUUCCUCCAGCCUGUAGAAGGAAGACCAGAAAGUCUUCCCAUAAACAGAGUGUAUAGAAAAGAAAUUGGCAUCUUGAAACUUAAUUGUAAAUAUCCUUAAUGCUAAUGUUUUGUUUUUUUGUAUAUAUCAUCUUUAUAAUUUAUUCCUUUUAAAAUAACCCAAUUGUUUGUUCAAACUUUAAUGUUUAUGGUACUAUUAUGGGUUACAUAACAUCUGACAACAAUGAUAUAAUAUAUAUAUAUAUAUAUAUAUAUGAUAGAAACACUUACAUUACAAGUAUGGGUUUUUUGUGCACGUAUUUCUGUGAAACUUAUCCUGGUUGUACAUUUUCAAUAUGACUGACAGAACUGGUGAGUAAAAACAGUUCUGUAUUGCCAGAUACUGAUCAUCUACCAGCAUUACUCCUUACCCAUAAUACAAUCAAAACCACAAAUGUUUACAUCGUGAUAAUCUUCUAAUCAUUUUGGUGCUGCUUCAGAGGCUGGUAAAUGAGCAGGUAAUCAAAUGUCAUUCUUGUUAAACUGUUUUUUCCACCUGACCAACUUCCAUGACCUCUCCAGCUUGGAUUUCAUAAAGCACUACUGAUAAUGAUUAAAGUACCCCAUACAGAGGAUGAUGUGACUGCUACGAAUGGAGUUUGAUAUCUGUGUAGCGUCUGCUAAGUCCUGUGGACAUGGAUCACGCCACAUUGACCUGUAAUGGGUGUAGUCAGGUUGUCUGGCCCCGUCCCGUUCAUUUCCUGACCAGUCUCACGGAGUGCUUGUGAGCAAAAAUAUGGGGACAAAUGCACGAAAAAGGUCAUAUUGUUGGUAUGCAGCCUCGCUUACAUGCCAAGGACAUUUCCUGUGGGGUUCCGUGGGUCUUUUUCUGGCUAUGCAGAUAUUUUUUUAAUUCUGUGAUAUUCAUACAUAAAUAUAUAUACUCUUUUCUACUGUAUUCAAUGGGAAUUUUCAGAUAAAUAGUUCUUUGUUAAAUCCUACUGAAUAAUGUUAAAAUUUGAAAGAACGUUUGAAUAAAAUUUGUAUAUUGCCA